UUGAACUUUUGAUUUGAUUACUUUUUGAGGUUACGAAAAACGUGUGUUUGAAUACUUUGAUUUAAAUCAAUUUAUUUUAUUAUUUUGAAGCUUAAAGUGUUUUAUCAAAUUCACAAACAUGCCUCAGACAGGAGCAACACGUUAUCAGAAGUUUCUGAAAUCAGAAAAGUCUAAAACCAAGCUCAAAAAUAAAAAAGAGUUACCAAAAGGAACCAACGUAACCAAGACAAAUUUUAAAAUAAAGAAGAUUGUGAUAAAGGAGCAACUAAAAAAACAUGGUGAAAGUGAGGCUCUAUCGUCCAGGAAGUUAAAUUUGAAGGAGUUAAUGUCCCGGCUGAAUCACUUCAACGUACACUCUCGUACGGAUGCCUUGGAUGGACUUCGGGAGCUCAUCACAUCACAUUCAGACGUGUUGGAGCGAAACCUCGGACAGCUGAUUAACGGUGUCACUCCUUUGCUUAUGAAUGUUGAGAAAGCGGUUCGCCGUGAAACUCUCAAAGUGCUCCACCUGAUUCUAUCCAAUGUGGUUCCGGAGAAAACUGAACCGUUCUUUGACAUAAUGUGCACAUACUUGAGGAGUGCCAUGACUCACAUCGACAGCAGAAUACAAGAGGAUUCCCUGCUGUUUCUGGAUAUAUUGCUUCUCUGCACUCCAGAAAGAAUUGCCAAGGAUUUUCACAAAAUUAUUCCCAACUUUCUUGACAUGAUUUCAAAGUUGAGAGUGGAUUCCAAGCCAGGAAGAACUUUAACAGUCAAUCUAGACAGCCAGAUCACUAGUGCUAAAUGGAGAGUAAAGGUCUUACACAGACUACAACAGUUCUUACAUAAAUACAUAGACUGUAACCACAUCACAACAGAAGACACAAGAAAAGCUAAUGAAAGUGUAAGAUUUGAUGAAAGCAAAUUGAACUAUUACCCUGUAACAAAUCCGAACUACACUUCAGUUUGUCAUCUGCCCUGCUUUAUGUCCAAGAAUAGCCAAGAUCAAAGCCAGGAUGAAAUAGAACAAUUCAAAACCUACAUAGAAACAUUGGUGCCUUUACUGUUUGAAACUUGGCUGGAAGUGUGUCCGGCCAGCAGUAAAGAACAGAACAUGGACACAGUCUUGACUGAAGAUGCUGCAGGAUUACUGAAGCAUACCCUUGAGGUAUUAGCCUUGAUAUGGGAACUCAUUAAGUACCUGGACAAAAAGAAUCCCAGCUCUAACUUGACCAAUUUCUUUCUACAGAAGUAUAAGCAGUCAUUCACUAAACACAUUUUUCAGUCAUUCCCAUAUGUCUGUAACAUCAAGAACAGAAGCAAAUCUGCAAAUACAUCACAACUAUUUGAAGAUUUAAUUACAGACUCCAAAUUAGUGAAUGAAAAUUUGGAGAUUUGUCAUUUGUUCAUAUCAUUUAAUCCUCAUGUGAACAUUAAAAGUCAGAAAGCUGAAGUGAGUUCACUGCUCAAUUAUAUUGAAAGAACUUUUAACCACAACACCCAAGAUCAUGUUAGUGACCGGAUUAUCAAAAUAUUGCACACAAUGUUUGCUCAGGAAAUUAACAGUUGGACUAGAAACCUUAACACUUUGGAUACUCUCUUCAAAAAGAUAAUUUGGGCAUAUUUCAAUCAAGACUUGUCUAGUAGUUUUCGGCAAAAGAUCUUUGCUCUUCUGUGCCAAAUCACUCUAAAUGACAAACUUUCACACUUCCACAAAAGUGAAGCUUAUGAAAGCUGGUUAACCAACUUACCAGACAUCCUGUUGGAAGAAACUAUAACUUCACAAACUAUAGAUAUAAUUUUUAAGUUUGCUGUUCAAAAUAACAAAGUAUUUAACAGUGUCAUAAGGCCGAAAUUGUUGUCAAUAUUAGAGAAUUUGCCUACAAUAAAAGUAUCAGAUUCUGCUACUGCUGUCUAUAAGUUGUAUUCACUCUUGUACUGGAUCAAAUGCUGGGAUAAUGAUUCAUUGAAUUUGAUAGAGAAACAAUUGGUUAAUAAUGUAUACUCAGGUGACAGCGGAAAAUAUAUUUUUGAUACCUUACAAUUAAGAAGUGAGUUAAAUAGUCAAUAAAUAUUAUAUUUAUUACCUACUAUUGUAAUGUAGAUUUCAUCUCAAUAAAAGGCAGGUAUAAAAAUUUA